CCAACAAUACAGUCUAAUUCUAUUCAAUUUAUUGAGACAACAAACCAUCAAUGUAAAAUAAGUUUAGCAUAUCUUUUAGGGAGAGGCAUAUCGCGAUCGUACACCCCUGUCCCACCGUGCCUUCACCCUGACGACAUGCCGAAAAACUACACAACCACUUGCCUGUGUCUCAUGGUCAAGAAGUAUCCAAAUGGCACUCUCAGUCCGUCCAUAACAUCUCUUCAGAUUGGCGAAAUCCUACUGUUGAGCGGUGUUGCAGGUGCCUUCGUACUGGAAAACUUUGAUUGUUACCCUGUCAUUCACAUGCUUGCUGCUGGCACGGGUCUAACAGUGAUGCUUGGUAUCAUUCAACGAGCUUUGGUCAGACGCACCGUGUCAGUAUUCUCACCUCAUUUUCUAAAAUUCAAAGUCACGCAUAUUCUUUCACAACCCAAAGACACGUGGACAGGCAGACGUGGCAUGGUGUCUGUUGAAUUAUUAGAAGAAUUAGUUGGAAGAAGUAAUCCCGACGCGUGUGUUUUCACGUGUGGUCCUUCAUUAUUCAUGCAGGCUGCGAAGACGUAAGAACAAAGAGAUAAAAACUCCAGCUUUAAGUUCUAAAUUUCAGAGUUGUGAAACUCUGAGCUUUAAGCCUGAGAAUUUCAAGUUUAACUCUGUCAUAUCAGACAAAUAUAUUUCUCCGUAAUAUUAAUCUAUACGUUCGUGCAAAACAUUAUUCUACAUUUGAUAUUGAAAAAUUGGUUCACCAUUGUUUUUUUUUUUUUUUUGGACACAAUUAAUAUAAUUGUGGUGUAACUGCAGUGGUCAGUUCUGGAACAUAUGCCCGGCAUAAUGUUACAUAAUUUUUACAUAUUUCUAUGGGGAAUACAAAUUUUCAACAUCAAAAAGCUAAACAUAAUCCAUGCAAUAACAUCUUUACAAAUAAGCACUAUUACGUGAUGCUUUGUUAAUUAAAAGUUAUUAUUUUUAAAUCUAAUAAUAUGCCCUAAUUUUGUCAAUAGGAAUAUUAUAUUUAGAGCUAAGAUUUUUUGUACCAUUGAAUUUGGUGAGAGCACCCAACAG